AUGCUCAAGAGCGGCAUCGCCCGUAGCUUGGGCAAGUCUGCCUUUGCUCGACCUUCAAUCGCCCGACGCGCCUUUGAACCUCUUCGAAGACAAGGUGCCCCUGCCAUUGCACAGAGAUGGGCGUCUACCGACGCCAUCAAGGAGGGCAAGAUCCAUCAGGUCAUCGGCGCUGUUGUUGACGUCAAAUUCGACUCUGAAAAUCUCCCUGCCAUUCUUAACGCCCUCGAAACCGACAACAAUGGUUCCAAGCUCAUCUUGGAGGUUGCGCAACAUUUGGGCGAGGGUGUCGUGAGAACCAUUGCCAUGGAUGGUACCGAGGGUCUUGUCCGAGGUAGCAAAGCUACCGACACUGGAGCUCCCAUCAGUAUCCCCGUCGGCGAAGGCACAUUGGGCCGCAUUAUGAACGUCACUGGUGAUCCCAUCGACGAGAGGGGCCCUAUCAAAGCUACCAAAUUUGCUCCUAUUCACGCCGAUGCCCCAGAAUUUGUUGAACAAUCCACAAGCGCCGAAGUACUCGUUACGGGCAUCAAGGUCGUCGACCUCUUGGCUCCUUAUGCUCGUGGUGGAAAGAUUGGUCUCUUCGGUGGUGCUGGUGUCGGCAAGACUGUGUUCAUUCAGGAACUGAUUAACAACAUCGCAAAGGCUCACGGUGGUUACUCUGUGUUCACUGGUGUCGGUGAGCGGACUCGUGAGGGCAACGACUUGUACCACGAAAUGCAGGAGACCUCUGUCAUCCAGCUUGACGGCGAAUCCAAGGUGGCGCUGGUGUUCGGUCAAAUGAACGAACCCCCUGGGGCUCGUGCUCGUGUUGCUUUGACUGGGUUGACCGUGGCUGAAGAAUUCCGUGAGCAAGGCCAGGAUGUGCUGCUCUUCAUCGACAACAUCUUCCGUUUCACUCAAGCCGGUUCUGAGGUGUCUGCUUUGCUUGGUCGUAUCCCAUCUGCCGUGGGUUACCAGCCAACACUGGCCGUCGACAUGGGUCUGAUGCAGGAACGUAUCACAACCACCCAGAAGGGGUCUAUCACAUCCGUGCAGGCCGUCUACGUGCCCGCUGACGAUUUGACCGAUCCUGCUCCUGCUACAACUUUCGCGCAUUUGGACGCCACCACUGUGUUGUCUCGUGGUAUCUCAGAACUGGGUAUCUACCCUGCCGUCGACCCUCUUGAUUCCAAAUCGCGAAUGUUGGAUCCCCGAGUGGUUGGUCAAGAACACUACGACACCGCAUCCCGAGUCCAGCAGAUGUUGCAAGAAUACAAGUCGCUGCAGGACAUCAUCGCCAUUUUGGGUAUGGAUGAAUUGUCCGAAGCCGAUAAGCUGACCGUCGAGCGUGCUCGAAAGAUCCAGAGAUUUUUGAGCCAGCCUUUCACUGUUGCCCAGGUCUUUACUGGUAUCGAGGGUAAGCUGGUCGACCUCAAGGACACCAUCAGUUCCUUCCAGAAGAUCAUCAACGGCGAGGGUGACGAUCUCCCUGAAGGUGCAUUCUACAUGGUCGGCGACUUUGAGAGCGCACGGGCGAAGGGUGAGAAGAUCUUGGCCGAACUGGAAAAGAAUUAG